ACUGCGGACUGAUGCGCAAGUUGACAGCGGACUUCGCUCUUCCGUCGCUGGCUUUGUUGCAGGAAACGCUGACGAUUGUGGGGAUGAUGCGCGCCGACACUGCGGGCUCGGUUCUGCCGGUUCGGGUCCGCCGGGCCAGGCACCGCUGCCGCCUUUGAUUCCGCCGAGAACAUGUCGCAUCCCGUGGGUUCUGAAGCAAAACGCUGAGACGCGUCCUGAUCAUGCGUGUUCUCUGCUGAACCCUGGCAGUUAACAGCCUCUCUGCUCGAGACUCCAUCAUGGACGCAGACAGCAGCUUGAGCCGUCAGGUGGAGAGUGUGGAGAGGAGCGUGGUCUUCCUCAGACAGGAGCACCUGACUCUGCUCCAGGGUCUUCACCUGGAGAUCCUCUCACUGCAGAAGCGAUGCUCAGAGCUGACGAAUGAGCUGAAGCUGAAGCCAGAAGGCAGAAGCCAAAUAGAUCUGCUGGAGGAGGAAGGCUGUCUGGAAAUCCGCUGCAAGGAUGUUGAGGAGCGACUGGCCGACCAAAAUUGCACCUUAGGAGAACUUCGCAAAGAGCUGACUCACAAGGGGGCGCUGGUGGGAGCCCUGCGAGCCAACCUCAAGGAGAAAGAGCGCCACUUCCUGGAGGAGUUGAAACGCCGCAGCCACUGCUCCACCAUGCUGAACACUGAGCUGCAGAAACAAACCGAGCUGGCGGCGUAUCUCUCCUUCCAGCUUCACGCCGCCAGGCAGAAACUGCACCAGCAGAGGGCGCUGCAGAGGCAGGGACUCCUCAUCAGGACCAGCAGUCAGAGCAGCCAGUAUGGCUUGGAGCAGGACUCUCUGCAGAUGCCGCCUGGCGCCUCGCCGUCCUCUCCUGUGGUCCGACCCAAACGUAAGAGCCGGCUCUCCUCCAGGGUGGAGCACGCCAGGGAGUGUGUGCCGAUAGAGAAAGUGUCAGGUCCAGCAGAACCGACGGCAAUGCCGGACCCUGCGCUCUUCCUCCAUCCACGCCGGCACAGAGCCCGGCCCAGACAUGCCGUCUCCCAGAGACAGCCCACGGUGGGUCAGGAGCAGGAGCAGGAGGACGGGGAGGAAGAGAGACCGCUGGAGCCUCAGGAGGAGGCUGCUCGGCUGAUCUCUUCAACUGCAGCGCCCCCUGCUGCCAAGACCGAGGCAGAGUAGCGAGAACUGAAGCUUGUGUCUGACUGUUAGUAUUUACACCUUCACCAAGUCAUCCUGGAACUGGUUUUAGCUGUUGGAUUAUACAGUCACACUUGCCAUGAACACUUUUACUACGACCUUUGCUAUAAUCCCAUAUCACAGCAAACACAACACUCGUGUCACUUUCAGUGGGUUAAAUCAGAGUGACCGAUAUACACUGCUCACUAUUCUGCGGGGCCUUACUUGACAGCGAUCCCUUUUGUUCAGAGUCGACUGUGACGGCGGCCGCCAUGUUAGCUGGACGGAGGUCCCGGUUGUGUGGCCCAAUCUCUGCCUCAUAAAUCACACCAUGUGGCCAAAUGUUAGCGUGGCCUCUGACUGAAGUGUGACUGAAAUAUCUGUGGGGGUUGGGUCAUCUGUGUCCAUCCAUCAGGAGUGACAGCUGCCCACAACGACUCUUUUAAGGAAAAAAAACGGCAGUACUUUAACGGAAGCUUUGUUGACAUUGCUGCAUCACCGCUUUACUUCUCGUUCCUCGCCACUGAGUUAGUUGGAUGUACAUCUUACCCUGAACACUUAAAUCACGGGGGUGUGCUCAAGUGUUGUUUAACAAGUUUCUUAAUUGAAUUACCGCCACAUGAAUGCUGGUCUAGUUUUCUGAUCAUCCAGGUCUUGCACGUCUAACAAUCACAAGGAAAGCCAUCAUUGUGCUAUGAUGCUAAUUUAAGCCAAACUUUCUCAAACAUUUGACUUUGACUUCUGAUGUCUAAAUCAAGUUGGGCCCAUUCUCCGUCUGAGGCGUGAGAUCUUGAGCUGGUGAGUUACUCCUGUAGCAGCAGCAGCUUUGCUGGUGUAGCAACAUUCCUCUCCCAAACAAACCAUGUGCUGUGUUGGUGGUUGAUCUACUUCAAUUUGUACUCUCUGCUUUUGUGUCAACAGACAUCAGGAGAUAAUCGGCACCGACUUUUGUCAGUUUGGGAAGUGUGUGUACUAAACACCGGUGGCCCCUUCUGCCUGUCAUGUUGUGUGCUUUAAAGUGUUUGUUUUUUGUCUCAGGAAAAUGGAACAGGGAUGUUGUGUUUGUAUUGUAAUAUUUGAUUUUAUUGCGCACCUUCCUUCGUAGUGAUAAGCAAUCCGAGGCCCUCUUACUGGAAUACAAUCAAGACUUUUUCAUAUUUAGUCUUUUUAUUAUCACUAUUAUUAUUAUUAUUAUUAUCCCAUUUUUAAUCUUCAGCCGUUCCAUCUGCUCAACCUUAAACUCUUCUUUUUUUUGUAAUUCCUUUUUCUACCUCAUUUCAUCUCCAAGUCUUUAUUUGCACUUUUAAUGGCAAAAUCCCACCUGUGACUCGAGUGAUGCCAUGACACCUUGUGCACUCACAGACAAGCAUUCUUGUUUUCAUCGCCAAGAUGGCGUCCGGACAGGGGAAUCCCAAAAUAAUGUCACAUUCUUAUAUUGUGUGUGAAUUUCCUCAUGAAAGAAUGAUUGUGAUUAUAUUAAAUAUGGCCCCCAGUUUCUAGACUUCUGUCAUGGGAGUAUUUAUACACUACACUGCAGUCUAUGGAUCAUGUAGCGCGGCACCAAAAUGGGAAACCCAUCAGUACUUCCUCGAUUUCAUUAUUGUUGCUCUAAUCUUGUGUUCCGUUCAGGCAGAGAAGCAAUACGUUUAUAUGUAACUUGUAGUUCGUGACGGCAGUUUUAAAGAUACUUGAGAUACGCAUAGAUUUUAAGGUUGUUUAACUUUGUAUUUUAUAAAUGUUGAGCAUUGUAUAUGAUUUGUAAAAAUAUUUUUAGACUGAUUUGUUCAAUUGAAUAGGUUUUGUUGACGUCUUCCUGCUAAUAAAUGGAAUGUUUUGUAUAUUUGUGAAGAAACGAUGAUGAUGAUGAUGACGACGCAGCAUUAAGUAUAUGGGCAUGUUGUUAUGCCACAAUUAACUUUGCGAAUGAGGGAAGCAAAACUGUUGUCAUGCUCUUAGUAAACAUUCAUAUGUAAUGGGUGUUUUUCUUCACCUCUGCUGAAAAGCCAUGAGCAUGAAUCUGUGCACUGUUGAUGUAAAGGUUAAGCUGUUACUGCUGACACGGAUGCAGCGAGACUGUUUCAAUAUAUCCACUUCACAUAUCAUGGAAUGGCAGGUAGAUACACUCACAUAUCUUCAUGCUGUGGCGCUCUUUCAUUGACUACUCUUCUGACCCAAACCUAACCCUGACCAUUCUGCUGCCAUGAAGCCAAAGAGGCCCACAGACCCAAUAGUGAUGCCUUAUUCUAGCCAACCUUUCAGCGACUUGUUACCGUAACACAUCUGGUUAACGGCUUUUACUUCCAAACCACAUCAAAAGAAGUAAAUCCGUUCACGCAGAGACGUUGUUUCCCAGUGUCUUCAUUAUAAACCUGAUGGUAAUGGCUCAUCUGUCAGCCAGUCAGUCCAGGUUCCUUCAGUGUGGCUCUGCUUUGUAAGGCAUGUUGCAUCUAGCAAUAAUGCUGCUCCUGAAUGACAUGAAAGGUGUGGACUGAGUUGUGCCCCAAGAAUAUACCUUGAAAAACUGUGUUCCGUUAGUUUUGAGAAGUGAUCUACUGUACACCUAAUUGAAAUAAACUUAAUAUUGUCUUCUUUCCUUUU